UCAUGCUCAUAAGUCCUCUGCUCACGGACAGUGACUGCAGCUGUGAGACUUAUUAUAAGAAUGCUACGGUUAACUUUAGCAGCCCUUGUGCUUGUCAUCCUAACGUCUCAGUGUUCAGCGGCAAAUGAUUCUCCCUUCUCACUCAUGAACAAGGCCACUGGUUUUUGCUUGUUGAAAAAGUCAAGCCGCUGCCUCGACAUCCGCUGGACGUCCGGCAACCGCCUUUUUACAGUCAGCACCAAAAAGUGUCUGGGGGCACAGGGCAAAAGUGUGGGGAGCGAGGUGAACUUGUACGACUGUGACGACAAGUCUGUCCUUCAGAAGUGGGAAUGCAAGAAUAAUACAGUGCUCGCCCUCAAAGACAGUGAUCUCUACAUUGAAGUCAAACAGGAUCAAACGAUUGCUCUGUCCAAAACCAUUGGGCCAAAUAACCACCUCACCAUCACAGGGACAUCCAGCGGUGCUUGCACAAGAACUCACAGAGAGUAUUAUUCCCUUGAAGGAAAUGCAUUUGGGAAGAUCUGCAUGUUUCCUUUCCUGUACAAGGACCGAUGGUUUGGAGACUGCACCACCUACGACUCCUCACAGAAGCGUCUUUGGUGCGCAGUUGAAACAAAAUAUGAACAUGAGCAGUGGGGACACUGCCCAACUAAUUCCAGAGAACACUGGGCAAAGAACCUGGCAACAGGAGCAUUUUACCAGCUCAACACGAUGUCAGCUCUGACCUGGACACAGGCUGAGGCCAGUUGCAAACAGCAGGAGGCCUCGCUGGUCAGUGUCACUGAUCCCAACGAGCAAGCGUUCAUCUCAGUACUACUGGGAUCUUCCAGACAAAAACUUUGGAUUGGGGUGGUUCUUGACCCAGAACAUGGCUGGCAGUGGACUAACGGGAAGCCUUUCCGUUACCUGAGAUGGGACAGUGGACACCCACUUCCUAAUCCAGGACACAACUGUGCAUUUCUCGACACUGGCGGCCUGCAAACCUGGCAAAGUUCAUCCUGUGCAAAGAAACUUGGCUACAUCUGCUACAAAAGUGGAGCUCCACCAACUCCACCACAAGUUGAGCAAGGGUUUUGUGCAAGUCCAUGGAUUCCAUACAACGGCCAUUGUUUCCACCUUCAUCGUACACUUCAAACAUGGACUGAUGCUCGGACAGAGUGCCGCAAAGAAGGAGGGGACCUUGUGAGCAUGCGCAACAUAGAGGACCACAGUUUUGUCAUCUCCCAACUUGGAUAUGCAUCCACUGAUGAGCUCUGGAUUGGACUGAAUGACAGGACAACAGAGGGGCUGUUUGACUGGAGUGACUUCUCCGCAGUCAGCUUCACCAGCUGGGAGUAUGGGAAACCUGCUAUGGCCUCCGACGCAGAGGACUGUGUUCUCAUCAAGGGCAAGAAUGGGAACUGGGCAGAUCACUCGUGUGAUGAGAAACAUGGUUUUAUCUGUAUGAAGCAGAGCAGCACUGAGCGCACCGGACAAGAAAUCGAUGUGGACAUAGGCUGCCUAGCAGGUUGGAAAAGACAUGGCUCCUACUGCUACUUUGUAGGAACUGAGACAAAGACUUUUAAUCAAGCCAACGAUGACUGCAAGAAAUCAGACUCUUACUUAGCCGAUGUUUCAAAUGGGGUGGACAAUGCAUUCCUUGUCAGCUUAGUGGGGUCGAGACCAGAGAAGUACUUCUGGCUUGGGCUCUCAAACCAGAAAAACAUUGAUGAGUUUGUGUGGACCAACACAGAUUCAGUGAGCUUUACUCACUGGAACGCUGAGAUGCCAGGUUACAGACAGGGUUGUGUUGCCAUGAUAACUGGUGUUUUUGCUGGACUCUGGGAUCUGCUACCUUGCACCAACCAGGAGAAAUACAUCUGCAAACACCUGGCAGUGGGCGCCAUCGUAACCGUUCCACCUCCUACUCAAAGUGUCCCAAAGUGUGCAGAAGGAUGGAUUCCAGUGGGAAGAAGAAAUUUCUGUUCUAAGUUUUUCACAGGGCCUCGUUCAUAUGAGAAGACAUGGUAUCAGGCCAGGGAUUACUGCAGGGCCAUUGGAGGAGAUCUGCUCAGUAUCCACAGUGCUGCUGAGCUACUAGUGGGACGUCAUGGAAAAGCCUGGAUUGGACUCUAUGUUCCUGAUGCAAGCACUGGAACAGGUUAUGUGUGGAGUGAUGGAUCCCCGUUGAACUUCCAGCAUUGGCAAGAUGGAGAGCCAAACAACUUUAAUGAUGUAGAGUCUUGCACUGAAUUCAGAAUAUACAACUGGGAUGAGAGCGGGUCCUGGAACGAUGUGCACUGUGAGAGUUACAAUGACUGGCUGUGCCAAAUACGUGCAGGAGUGACCCCAAAACCUCCUCCAAAUGCCACUCUACCUGACUUCAAUACCACUUCAGAUGGUUGGCUUGUGUGGAAAGGCAAUCAGUAUUUUAUUAACUCGGACUCAAUAUCCAUGGAGGAAGCUCGUCACUUCUGUAAGAAGCAGCAUGGUGACCUGGUGUCUAUCAGCACCAAAGAAGAAAACACCUUCAUAUGGAAACAGAUUUCCAGAUCCUAUGGCAGAUAUUUUUUAGGUUUGUCAGUGGACCUCGAUGGGUCAUUUUGGUGGAUGGAUGGGACAUCAGUGUCAGUGCAAAGAUGGAACGAAGAUCAACCUGAUUCAACUGCCUUUGAUCAUAACUGUGUGACUAUGUCUUAUUACAUGGGCUUCUGGGAAACUUGUAACUGUGGCAAAGAGUUCAAGUCCAUUUGUAAACGAGGAGUCUCAUCGCCUGUCAACAGCACUGCACCCCCCACAGUUUCACCUAAAGGUGGCUGCCCAAACAAAUGGAAAAAAUUUGAUUCAAAGUGUUAUAGUGUCAACAGUGGCCGCAGGAUCACCUGGGAGGAAGCGAGGAAACAGUGCAUUAACAUAGGAGGAAAUUUAGUCUCUAUUCCCACAAGACGUGUGCAAGCAUUCCUCAUCACCACAAUGGUUGAAGCAGCAAGUACAGACCUGUGGAUUGGCUUGAAUAGUGUAAAACAAGUGGGAUUUUACUGGGUUGAUGGAAAGUCAAGGCGAUACACCAACUGGGGUAAUUCUAAGAAUCGUCGUCAUCAGGGAUCAUUUUAUCAAAGGUGGAAUGAGGAAGACUGUGUUGUGAUGAACAGCCAACCUGCCGUUGGCGUUGGUAAAUGGAUGACAAAGUCUUGCAAUGACACCAACGGAUUUGUCUGCACCAGAAAUCUUGACCCAAGUAUUCCAGCUCCACCAGAACCAGUAGUUCCAAGCAUCUAUGUAAAUCUAGGAAAUGACAGCAUCAAGGCUGUGACUCAAGCUCUGAACUGGGAAGAAGCCAAGAAACACUGUGAAGGUGAUUCAGCUAAACUGGCUAGCCUGCGAAAUGAAUGGACACAUUCCUACAUUGAGCUGCUGGCUACAGAUCUAAACGCUCCACUGUGGAUCGGACUGAACAAGAAAGAGACCAACAAUUAUUUUAGGUAUAUUGACGGCUGGCCCCUCAGCCUUGCCUCGUGGGCUGAUAAUGAGCCAAGCAGCGACCGACCUUGCGUGUACAUGGAUGUAGAUGGAAGUUGGAGAACUGCUUUCUGCAAUCGAACCAUGAAAAGUGCUUGUAUGCAGUCCACAGAUGUACCACCAACAGAGUCAACCAGCUUUCCAGGAGUUUGCCCUGAAGAGACAAAUACAUGGUUCCAGACUAUUACCUGGCUGCCAUAUAAGAGUAAUUGUUACUUGUUUGUAACAGAAGAAACUGAAUGGCCACAUGCAGCGAGCAGCUGUGUAAGACACGGUGGAUCCCUGGUUAGCAUUGAAGAUCCUUCGGAGCAACAGUUCCUCAAAAGCAGUUUGGAAGUAUUUGCAGAUAGCUACAGCUCGUUCUGGAUCGGCCUGUAUAAAACUCAUAAAGGGACAUGGAAGUGGUUGGACAAAACAGUUCUGGACUACACAAACUGGUCUGAAGAUAAUCAUGACUAUGACUUUGGAAGGAUUUCAACUUUUGAUGGGCACUGGAUAUCGAGUAACAGAUGGACUGAGAGUCCAUACGUCUGCAAAACUCCUAAAGUGUCACACAGAGAAUCAGAUACAAAAACUGAGCCUCACGAAGGUCAGCAUCCUAGCAGUCGAGUCCACACGAGUUUGAUCGUUGUGCUGGUCAUUGUUGUCACUUCUUCGCUGGUAGCCAUUGGAUACUUUGUCUACAAGAAGUCCCCUCGGAUCUUACCAACCUUUGACAAUCCACUGUACUUUGAUCGUGAGCGAUCUCAGCCAGAUGUGGUGGACACCAAUAAGCUGAUAGAGAAUGCAGAGGAAGCAAACUCUGAGCCUGUUGUGCUCUGUGCUGUAUGAAGUAGCAGAAUAUAGUGGGACCUACACUAUAUAUACUGCAUCGCAAAUUGAUGUAUUAAACUUUGAUGCUUCAUUUAUAUUUUUUUGCUUUUUUUUGUUUUUAACUAAAUACAGUCUGUUUUCAGUUAUUUAACGAUAUGUUACUCAAUGUGGGUUUCAGUGGUGUCUGACCUCGUGGAACAGAAUUUAGGCUCUAGGAUGUCUCAGUGAUUUUUUUUUUCUUUUUUCUAUGAUUGAAUGUAUAAAAUUGUACUUGAAGAACUUGUGCAAGAAAUCCGUCAGUCGGUGUUAAUGAACAUUAAAUUGACUUUUGAUUAACAA